AACAGUCUCAUGUUUAACUUUUAUUUACCGUUUCCCACACCUUUCCUGCAACUAAAAUCUAUCUAUUUAUACAUUUCCUUCCUACGAAAAUUUCAUUCUCAUCUCUCUCUUUUUGUCUCUCAAGCUACACACACCAAACCUCAAAGAAAAAAAGUACAGUCUUAAAAUUCACAUCUGCCCUAUCUACGAUAUCUCUCAAUCAGCAACUUUAAGGAAACUUUUACAGAUAAAACAAGAAGAUGGGAACAAAAGGGAAGAAGCAUAGCAAUGAAAACAUGCUAGUAAAGUGCAUCAAAUCGCCAUACAGAUUCUUAUGCAAAGCAAGGGAUGUUUAUGUAAGGAGUAUGAACGGUUGUGCUGGAGGAUCUGCAGGUUCUUUUGGUGCAAUGGGUUAUCCAGGUCCAUGUGCUGUACCAAGAAGUUAUAGUACGAGCUCAUCAAGAAUGAGUGAAUCAAAUGAUGAAGAUAUUAGAGAGUUAGUUAGAGCUGCUUCUCAAAGAGGUUUGAAAACUAAGAUCAAUAUUUCUGAGUUUCAUCAAUCUGACUUUCCAACAAGAAAAAACGUGCACAGCAGUACUAACAAUAAUUUACCAAGAAGUUUUACAGUUGGAUUUGGAAGAAUUGAUGAAGAUAAAGCCCUUGAUUUUGAUGAUGAUAUUAAGAUGAAGAAUGAUUCGUUUUACCCGAGAAGUAGAAGCUAUGCAGUUUCAUCCAAGAGAAGAACUAAUCUGUAUGCUUAAUUAGGAGAUUACUACUAUAAACUCUUUUUCUUUUUUUUUUUUUUAGAAAAACAGAGAUUUUGAAGAUUAAAUCUUUUGGAAUCUCUUUCUCUUCAUAUACAUAAACAUAGUUCUUUAUCUUUUCCGGGUUUGAAUAGUGAAUCAGAGUGUAUAUUAUCUGUACUUGUAAAGAAUUGGAAUUCGAUGAUUAAAUGAUGAUUCGGUGAUAAUUAGUUGCCGUAAAAUUUUAACGUUCCC